GCGCUCGGCAUCAACUUCCGGUUGGUGGAAAAGUGUCCGAACAUGUCCGCGUCCGCGGUUGUACGAAGGGUCGCGGCGCUGUCCGGAGCCUCCGCCGUUGGACUUGGUGCAUACGGAGCUCACGGUUUCAAGAACAAGGACCCCGAUGACUAUCAGAGAGUGCUUUAUGAAACUGCCAACAAAUACCAUUUCUACCACAGCCUGGCCCUGCUAGGAGCUGCCCACUGCGGAAGACCCAUUGUGGCGGGGACCCUGCUAGUUACAGGCAUGGGGAUGUUCUGCGGCCCUUUGUACCACCAGGCCCUCACAAAGGACCCUGGCCUGAGCAAACUGGCUCCCAUGGGUGGGAUGGCAAUGAUCGCUGGCUGGCUCGCCAUGAUUCUCUAAAGUGUGACAGCUCGCAUGGUGUCCACAGGGCCAGCACGUGACACUAAGCUGUCAGACUUCUUAUGGAUGAAUUGGACAGCUAUAGCAGAAGCAGCAGUUUUCUGAAGGGAAGAGCUGAGGUAUAAUGCCAACCAUCCAACUGCUGCCUUUCACUGGGAACACAUGUCAGGAGGGGAUAAGGUCACAAAAGGAAAAUUACUCCUUUGCCAUUGCUGUCUGUUUAUGAUGGGCACUUUUUGACUUUACGUUUUAUUGGAUGGGAAAAUGAACACAUUGUUAGAAAUGUGUUUUUUUUCUUUGUAACUGUGAGAUUUUAAUUGUUGGAUAAAAAGGUUGUACCGAUCUUUUUUCUUUAAGGGAUAAUUGUUUUAUGUAUAAAUACAAAGUGAAAUUAAAAAGAAAAUAUAAGCUUUGCUGUUUUCUUUUUGCUUGUUAGAUAAAUAGUAUAUCAGAUUUUAAA